AUGGAUGAACGCAACUUGUUUGAAGCCUACUUUUUCCCGGCAGACGCCCCGGCCAGUGUCUCUCUAAAUAACGAGGUUGUCUUCGAUUCAAGUCCUGUCAGGCCGUCUCGAGACUGGCGGACCGACCUGUGGUGGAAAUGGGGCGGACUGGCUACAGAUGUGAGCCCCGUCCCGGUCUCCGCCCCCCUUGCUAGGGUGGACGACACGACCGGAGAUGACCCUUGA